AUGGACUCCGAUGAGUUUGAUGACGACAUCGCCGAUGAGGACAUUCUCGCUGCCUUGGAUCAAGUAUCUUCCUCUAAUGUAGGGCAUCUUGGUUCUACCUCUUCUUCCAAUGGAGCCAAAAGCGGCAACACCCGAGGACUGGAUCAACGGCAACAAGCAGCACAGGAGCUCAACGACUUGCCUUCGGAUGCCUUCUCUUCGCCAGAGCCCGUGAGGGAAAAUGUCCGCGCACCACCAAGGCCUGUAGCAGCUGCUCGCACAGGCCUCAGCCGUACAAACUCUGGAACCCUGCGACAAACGACUUUAUGGGGUGGACAAGCAGCAACCGAAGAGGCUCCUCGCCCAUCGCAGCCCACAGCGGCCAGGGUUUUUCGCGCUGAUCUGCCACCUGAGCCGCCCAGCCCGCAUGAACUUGAUCGAGAGGCGAUGAAGACUUGGGUGUAUCCGACAAAUCUAGGACCAACUCGAGACUAUCAGUUCAGCAUUGUCAAAAACAGCCUGUUCAAUAACACGCUAGUCGCCCUGCCGACUGGUCUGGGAAAGACAUUCAUUGCAGCGACUGUGAUGCUCAACUUUUAUCGCUGGACAAGGUCUGCGAAGAUUGUCUUUGUCGCGCCAACAAAGCCGCUUGUGACGCAGCAAAUUGAUGCUUGCUACCACAUUGCCGGAAUACCUCGAUCAGAGACCACGCUCCUCACCGGCGACAUACCCCCUGCUCUGCGCAGUGACGAGUGGGAAAAGCGACGGGUCUUCUUCAUGACGCCACAAACGUUGCUCAACGAUCUUUCACACGGAUAUGCGGACCCCAAGAGUAUCUGCCUCAUGGUCAUUGACGAGGCGCAUCGCGCCGUGGGCGAAUAUGCUUAUGCCAAGGCUACCAAACUCAUUCGACGCUUUUCCAAUAGUUUUCGGGUGCUGGCUUUGACGGCCACGCCAGGCUCCAAGGUCGAGACAGUCCAAGAGGUCAUUGACAACUUGGGAAUCUCGCAUUGCGAGAUCCGGACAGAGGAGUCCCUGGACAUCCGCCAGUAUGUGCAUCAGCGCAACAUAGACCAGAUCAUUCUCGAACCCUCGGACGAGAUGAAUCUUAUUAGCGAGCUGUUUACCGAGGCCCUCAAGCCGUUGACUGAGAAGCUGUCUUCCCAAAAUAUAUGGUAUGGGAGGAAUCCGAUGGCUCUCACAACGUACGGGUUGAUCCAGGCGCAGAAGGAAUGGUUUGCCACGCGUGGAAAUCGCGCCAACCAGGGCGUCCAGUUCAUGAUGCGGGCAAUUUUCAGCGUCUUGACAAGCCUUGCUCAUUCGAUCAAGCUGUUGCAGUUCCAUGGCAUCAAACCCUUUUACGACAACAUGCUCGACUUCCGCAGUGAACAAGAAGACAAGGGCGAGAAGGGAUCGAAAUACAAACGCCAGAUCCUUGACAGCCCUAGCUUCCAAGAAAUGAUGGACAAGAUUGCCGGAUGGCUCAAGAUGGACGGCUUUGUGGGACACCCAAAGCUGACUGCGUUGGCGGAUUGCGUGCUGAACCAUUUCAUGGACAAUGGGGAGAGUACUCGGGUGAUUGUGUUCAGUGAGUACCGUGAUUCAGCGGAAGAGAUUGUGCGCAUGUUCAAUGCCCACAGGCCACUCAUCAAAGCUACCGUCUUUGUUGGGCAGGCAGACGGCAAGCGCGGCGAGGGUAUGAAGCAGAAGCAGCAAAUAGAGACGAUUGAGAGAUUCAAGACCGGCGCCUACAACGUCCUUGUUGCUACGUCCAUCGGAGAAGAGGGUUUGGACAUUGGCCAGGUUGAUCUUAUCGUGUGCUACGAUUCCUCAGCAUCACCAAUUCGCAUGUUGCAGCGCAUGGGUCGAACGGGGCGAAAGCGAGCAGGCAACAUUGCGCUGCUGCUGAUGAGAGGGAAAGAGGAGGAGCAGUUUGCCAAGUCCAAGGACAACUAUGAAAAGAUGCAGAGGCUCAUCUGCGAAGGUAGCCGGUUCAACUUCCGGUUCGAUCUUUCUACGAGGAUUGUACCCCGGGACAUACGACCGGAGAUUGACAUGCGACAUGUCGAGAUUCCCAUUGAGAAUACUCAAAACACAUCGCUACCAGAGCCCAAGAAGCGACAAGCCCCCCGGGGCAAAAAGAAGCCACCCAAGAAGUUCCACAUGCCGGAUGGCGUACAGACUGGCUUUCAAAAAGUCAGUGACUUCAUGAAGCCCUCGACAGGCACGAGCCGGGCAGCUUCAAAUCCCAGCUCAAAGCCGAUGCGAAACCCCGAGCUGGAUGACAUAGCGUCAAUUCCCGAGUUGGAACGUGUUAUCCUUGGUCCAGAGGAGCUUCACCAGCUCGAGCGAACAUACCGGAACCUGCCUUUCAGCCGUGACGUGGAAGACACAAACCUGCCGGACAUGACGGCUCACUCAACAUUGCAACGACAGCUACGGCCAACUGUUCUCUUUGGGCAUGGGCCAUAUACGAAACGUUGCGUCAAGCUGCUGCACAAGAUGGAGGCAGAUCCCGAUAGCCUCGUGAGACCCUGUCGAGACGAGGACACGAGCGAUUUCCUGGAGAUUCCAGUAAGGCCUUUUGUGUAUUCUGAUAAUGGCGAGACAGAUGCGAGCGAUGACCAGUCCGAAGGAGAAGGGAAAAAGCGAGCAUUCGUGGACCUCGAAUCGGAUGAUGACGCCACAAUCAUUGAGGCUCAGCAGCCGAAGAAGAGAAAGGUCGCGGCCACAAAGGCCCAGCCACAAAAGUCUCGAUCCAAAAAUCGGCCCAAGUCUGCUGUGUUGGAUGCAGAAGACCAAGACUUGUUCGACUCUGAACUCGACAUUGUUGCUCCGGACGAAGAACCUGGAUUGCCGCCCCGACUCAGCGAGGCGAAACGGCGCAAGAAGCUGAAUGCCAAGUCAAAGGGCAAGUAUUCUCGGAAAGCAGCCAUCGGCAGCGACGAGAUAGGGGACGAUUGCGAAAGAGACAGCGAUCUGCUCGACGAGAGUGACUCGGACGACGGAGCAGACCUGGCAGAUUUCGUCAUUGGGGACGAUCAAGCAACGUCCAGCAUGCUUGAUUCCGAAGCGACGUCUCCUAUACGGCGAAAUGAACGGACGCCGCGGGCCGGGGCAAGCAAGCCGUACUUUGUGCCGACACAGUUUACGGCAACGCAAGAGAGCGAAGAUGUUCCCGAACUCGACACGCUUACGGGGAAGUCGGCGUUUGAGGAAUGGGCGAAUGGAGGGUCUGAAGAGGCGGCUCCCGCAACGAGGAGGCGACGUGGGAGAGCCGCGUUGUUGGACAGCGACGAUAGUGAUGUGUGA